AUGAGGUUACUAAAGUUUUUACUACUGUUUGCCCUUGUGGCGUUGGUUGUGACUCAGGAUGAUGGUGAUGAUGACACUACUACAGAAGCGGCGGAUGAUGAUGAUACUACUACAGAAGCGGCGGACGAUGAUGAUACUACUACAGAAGCGGAGGACGAUGAUGAUACUACAGAAUCGGAUGAUGAAGAUGAAGACACUACUGUGAGUGAUACAACGGAAGCUGGUACUGAUGUCACUACAGAAGCUGGCACCGAUGCUACAACAGAAGCUUCUGCUGAAACAACUACAAAGAAAACGAAACUACUUGUACCCAUCGAAGGUAACCGCAGUGGUGUUGAAGACACUACUACAGAUGCGGCGGAUGAUGAUGAUACUACUACAGAAGCGGCGGACGAUGACGACACUACAGAAGCGGCGGACGAUGAUGAUACUACUACAGAAGGGGCAGACGAUGACGACACUACAGAAGCGGCGGACGAUGAUGACACAACAGAAUCGGGUGAUGUAGAUGAAGUUACCGACGAAGACACCACUGUGAGUGAUACAACGGAAGCUGGUACUGAUGUUACAACAGAAGCUUCUGCCGAAACAACUACAAAGAAAAAUAUAAUUACAGGAAGAAAUGUAAUAUGCUACAGUGGUAUAGCAGAAAUUAGUUCUAAUCGCUUCCGCAUCGAAUAG